AUGCCGCCAAAGAAGGUGCAGCUCUCGCCACGAGAACGGGUGCUUUUCGCCCGACUGAUCCAGGAGUAUGAGAAUAGGAAGUACAAGCCUGCUCUAAAAACAGCGGAUGCCAUUCUCAGCAAGGUGCCAGAGCACGGUGAGACGCUCGCCAUUAAGGGUCUGGUGCUCUUCACUCUGCAGCAACGCGACGAGGGUCUGAAGCUGGCCAAACUGGGUGUCCGCCAUGACCUGACCAGUUUUAUCUGCUGGCAUGCUCUCGGUAUUGUGUACCGCAUGGACCGGAACUAUGAAGAGUCGCUCAAGUGCUACGCCCAGGCGCUUCGCAUCGAGGGCGGCAACCUGAACUUGGUGCGAGAGUCGGGGUUCAUGCAGCUGCAGCUGCGCAACUAUGCGCCGCUCAUUGAUGCUCGCCUCGUUAUACUGCGUACGCAGCCGCACCUGCGCAUGAACUGGGUUGCGCUGGCCGUUGCACAUGACCUGGCUGACAGCCAGGCGCAGGCCGUUCGUGUCCUGGCAGCGUACGAGGAUGUGAGCCGGGACAUUCCCAAACACAAUUACGAGUUCAAUGAAGUCGUACUUUACCAUGCCAGCCUGCUGGAGCAGAUGGGCGAGGCCGACCAGCUGCUCCAGCUUCUCGAGGAACAAAAGGCGCACAUUGUGGAUGUGCCGGCGGCUGAGCAGCUCAAGGCUCUUGCGCUCUGUAUGGCGGGCCGCACGCAGGAGGCAGUAGAUGCAUGGCGCAAGUUGCUCGAGCGCAACCCCGAAAACAAGCAUUUCAUUGCCAACUACCUGGACCUGGCCGCAGAGACAGAGGACGCGCGUCUUGUAAAGCUGCUGGAGCUGCAGCAUUCUUAUCCCAAGUCGACAGCGAUGCGACGCAUGGCCCUGCACAUCGCGCAAGGCGAUGCUUUUACCGAACAGGCGCGGGACUACCUGGAGCGCGCGCUUGUGAAAAAUGUGCCGUCGCUCUUUUCGGACAUGAAAUCCCUAUACCAGCAGCCAGGCAAACAGGCAGUGAUUGAGGAGCUGGUUGAAGCAUUCCGCCUGCGCUGGGACCCCCACCAAGCAGAGGCAGCGAACGAGCCGCCUUCAUCGUACCUGUUUGCCAUGUACUAUCUUGCGCAUCACUACUCCUACACGGGCCGCCCCGCCCUGGCCCUGACGUAUGUGGAGUCGAUGCUGAAACACACACCUACCAUGCCCGAGCUGUACAUGACGCAUGCUCGUGUGCUGAAGAGGGCGGGCGCCUACAAGGCCGCGGCGGAUGCGAUGCAGGCUGCGCGCCACCUAGAUGGGCAGGAUCGCUACCUGAACACUAAAGCGGCCAAGUACCUGCUGCGAGUAAACCAGGUCGAGGAAGCGUCGCGUGUGCUGAAGCUCUUCACGCGGCCGGAUGUGCCUGACCCCGUGGCCGACCUGGUCGAAAUGCAGGCGAUCGGUUUCCUCGUUGAGGCGGCCGAGGCGCAUGAGCGCCGUGGCGAGUAUGCGCUAGCGCUCAAGCGCUUCCACCAGGUGGACAAGACGGUGCAAGACAUCUACGAUGACCAGCUGGACUUUCAUUCAUACUGCCUGCGCAAAAUGACGCUGCGGGCGUAUGUGAGGACCAUUCGUUUUGAAGAUCAUGUCUUUGCGACGCGCGACUAUGUGCGUGCCGCCAAGGGUGCGGUCGCGCUGUAUGUGAAGCUGCAUGACGAUCCUCACCGCGAGAAGCCCGUGCCGGCCAAGGUGGAAGUGCCCAGCGAGCUGGACGAGAACACGCCGCCGCCGGAUAUGGAUCCAAAGGGUGAGGCGUUGCUGGCGACCGACACGCCACUGGAUGUGGCGCACCACUUUUUGCGCAAGCUUCAGCUGUUCGCUCCUCAAGAUAUCCAGACGUGGCUAUGCACCUUUGAGGUGGCGAUCCGCCAGAACAAGUGGCUGCUGGCGCUGCGGGCCCUCUCGCUGGCGUACCGCCUGGACGCGGCACAUCCCGAGCUGCAUGUCCAGUUGAUCCGGUUCCGCCAAGUGGCAGAAGCAGCCGGCUCUAUGCCCGAGGUGGCCGCCAAGGCCCUGGCCUCGCUGCAGAAGGAUAUGCCAGUGCUCGUGGCGCCUGUGGCGGUGCUACAGACAGAAUACCUCCAGCGCUACGGAGAUGCGUCGGCGGCCCAUGUGUUGGGUGCGGCUCGUGGCCUGUAUGCUCUGCACGGCGAUGCGCAGGCACAGGAAGCGGCCGAACUUGUCUUCUCGCUGCUCAAGCGCGACAGCGUGCCGCUCCGCGUGCUGGAACAAGCGCAUGCGUUUGUGCGGCAUCUGGCGGAACGCGCGACGCUGCCGCCGACCGCUUCACUGACGGCGUUCGAACAGGGCGCGCACGCGCUAUGGAAGCAUGCCGAGGCUUUUCUGCCCUCGGCAGCGGCCGCAUAG